UUUAGCUAGCGAGCUAGGUGGGAACAAGACGACUUUUUUUUUGUUGGACGAAAAGACAAAAAAAAACACACAUUGUUUUUUUUCUGUUUACUGUUUUUUUACGCUUCACUACGGAGGAAAAACACCAAAGAUGUUAUCGGCGCUGAGUGAGUGGUUCUGGCAGGAGAGGCUGUGGUUUCCAGAGGGCCUGGGCUGGGCCGACCUGGAGGAUCGGGAUGGACGGGUAUACGCCAAAGCUCGUGACUUGUGGGUGGCACUGCCCAUCGCCCUUAUAUUCCUCAUUGUCCGUCAGAUCUUUGAAAGGGCGGUGGCUACACCCCUGGCUUCUCUGCUCGGGGUAAAAGACACAGCACGGCUCAAAGCCCCUUAUAACCCGACACUGGAGUCCUACUACUGUAACAUUACCAAAAACCCCACACAGACUUCAAUAGCAAGUCUUUGCAAGCAGACCGGCUAUUCAGAAAGACAACUGCAGCGAUGGUUCAGGAGACGAAGGAACCAGGACAGGCCGAGUUUGCUCAAAAAGUUUCGAGAGGCCAGUUGGAGAUUUACCUUUUACCUUCUUGCUUUCAUUGCUGGCCUGGCCGCCCUCAUCGAUAAACCUUGGCUGUAUGACCUGAAGGAGAUGUGGGAAGGUUUUCCUGUCCUGACUGUCCUGCCAUCUCAGUAUUGGUACUACAUGAUUGAGCUGGGUUUCUACAGCUCGCUGCUCUUCAGUGUGGCCUCUGAUGUCAAACGCAAAGACUUUAAGGAGCAGAUAGUUCACCAUGUUGCGACCAUCCUCCUCAUCAGCUUUUCCUGGUGUGUCAACUACAUCCGUGCUGGAACUCUUAUCAUGCUGGUUCACGACUCCUCUGAUUACUUCCUUGAGUCUGCAAAGAUGUUCAACUAUGCUGGGUGGCGAAACGCCUGUAACUACAUCUUCAUUAUGUUUGCUGCAAUUUUCAUCGUCACUCGCCUGAUCAUCUUCCCUUUCCGGAUUAUUUAUUGUACAUGGGUUUACCCAGUGACCAUCUAUGAACCCUUCUUUGGCUACUACUUUUUCAAUGGACUCUUGAUGGUUCUGCAGUGUCUACACAUCUUCUGGGCCGUCCUCAUCAUACGCAUAGCAGUCCGUUUCCUCACCAACAAUGAAAAAGUCGACGAUGAAAGGAGCGACAAAGAUGAAACAGAUGAAUCAGAAGACGAGGAGGAGGAAGAAGAGGAAGAGGAGAAGGGGGGUAAAAAGGACAUGAAGAAAAAUGGGCCGGUGCAGAACGGUCACACAGUCCACAACAACAACCACAGCAAGACGGAGUGAAAGCAAACAAGAAAGAAUGUGAGAAGGACUCAUAUCCCUCGGUGGGGGAGCAGCAAGGAGGGAUGAAAUGAAAGAGGAAAAAGAAGGAGUGUGGGUCAGGGAGGGACGGGGGGAUUAUUCAGUAAAAACCAAGAACAGCAGGUAUGUUGAGGAAAUCUGACACUGUUACUUUUGCACAACAUAAAAACACACUCACACACGAUCAUUUGUACUUUUAGAGGGCACAGAGAUCCAGCAGAUGAUCUACACUACAUGAAGUGACAUGGCUGUUCUGCUUUGUCAUCAGAGAAAAUCAUUGUCAGCAUGUGACGUCAGUCCCAAAAUUUCAAAGAGACAGGCGAGAAAAUGGAGAGGAGUAAAAAGUGUGGAGAGGAGACGGGAGGGAGAUGAUGCUGUUUCUACUUUAGCUUUCCUUGUUCUGUGUGCCUUAGAGCCAGCUGAUGGCUGUUUAAAUGCCAUUUUUAAGCUCUCCGCUUUAAUCUUGUGUUGCUUUUUUUGUUGCAUCUACUGGUUUUCUACUAAAAGAACAAAAGAUAGUGGACUAAAGUUUGAUGGAAGUGCGACAACAGGGCAUUUUUUCCCACUAAUUUUAUGUCUAUGCAAUUAAAUGUUCAGCUAUUGCAACAUCUUUGCACACACACACACACACACACACAGUGUCUAUCGGUAUACAGUAUACUGUAAUAACUUACUUAAGUACGACUGUGUGCCUCUGCUCUCCAAUGCAGCCUGUGCCAUUCAUGAAGUAGUCUGCGUUGUGAAAGCUUAAGGAGUAAAUUUGGUGUCAUUUUUUUGCGAAUAAAGCAAGAAAGUUCUUGCUUUCUUAAUCCAGUAUAGCUCAUCGCGUACAAUUCCUGCUUCCAAACAACACACACAGAAAACAGAUGUCUGACCUGCAAAGGUUCUUAAUUCUUCAGAAAUCAGUGCUGAGCACAAACUGCAAUAGAAAUCACAGCUUCCUGCUAAGUGUGGACAGAGCUGAAUGUUUUUCCUCUCUCUGGUUUGGCUGGAGCUGUUUGAACCGGUUGAGUCUUGAAUCACCCUGAUGAUGCCACCCACUGAAAGCCGAUGACUCUCACGAAAAUCAUCGCAAAGGAAGGUGGGUCACCAUGUUGAGAUCCUGGAGUUUUACUAAGUCAAAUGGAAUGGGACCGUCAACCAUUUCCAGAUUUUACAAAUAUGAACCAGAUUUCUUCGAUUCACUGCCUAGUAGCCUCGGUUAUGUUUGUUAACCUGGGUUAGACUUUCAGUGUUGACCUUUGUGAAUGAUUUUAGGUAUGAUUCUGUGUAUGAAACGGGUUUACAGGUAUUUGACGUCAAGGAGGUUAAAGAUAUUGUAAUCAAUUUUUUUAGCAGUUCAGUGUUUGAGUUUUAAGACUUGUGAAAAAUUCAUGAGAUGAGUUGCAAUUUUGUUUUUAUGCUUUAAAGAUUUUUGUUGUAUGUCAAGUGCCUUAUCUGUAAUGUAUGGGAAGCUCUCUCUCCUGUCUCCAAGCCUUCUCGUUUUCUUCCUUGUCUCCGCCUUUACAUCACAUCCUCCAUCCACUGCCUCAUCCAUCAUCUUACUUCUCUCCUCUUUAUAAAUAACUUCCUUUGAAACUCACCCUCAUUCCACCACCAUUUUAUGUUUUACUAACCCAGACCAACCAGCAACCUCUCUUCUCCCAGUGACACAGAAGAGACAGCUGUGUCCUAAUUACAGUGUUAUUAUUAUUUUUUAUUGUUUUUUUGUUUUGUUUUGUUUAAUAACUAAGUAUUGUUAUUAAUAAAAGCAAAGAUCAUGAAUCACAA